AUGUCAGUAAGAUCAAUUGCUAAAGUCGUUACUCCAAAUCCACCAAGACCAGGAUCCCCAGUGAAAAUUAGAAAUUCAAUUGGAUCAUCAAGUCAAUUUAAUCCAUUUUUAUUAUUUGAUCAUUUCUCAAUUCCAUCAACUGGUGGAUUCCCUGCCCAUCCACAUCGUGGUCAAGAAACCAUUACUUUGGUAUUAAAAGGUGGAGUUGCUCAUGAAGAUUUUACUGGAUCCAAAGGUGUUUUAUAUCCAGGUGAUUUACAAUUUAUGACUGCUGGUAAAGGUGUUGUUCAUUCGGAAAUGCCAGUUCCAAAUAAAGAUGGUUCACCUAGUGUUGGUUUACAAUUAUGGGUUGAUUUGCCCAAUGAUAUGAAAGGUGUAAAACCAAGAUAUAGAGAUUUAAGAGAAUGGGAAAUCCCUGAAGUAAUUGCCGAUGAUGGUAAAGUUAAAGUCAAAGUCAUUUCUGGGACAUCUCAUGGUAUACUGUCCCAAAAAGAAUUAGCAUAUACUCCAGUUAAUUAUUAUCAUUAUAAAGUCAAAGCUGGUGGUAAGUUUAAACAAGAAUUACUGCCCGGUUUCAACUAUUUCUUAUAUGUGUUGAAUGGGAAAAAUUUGAAAUUGAAUGGAAACAAAAUUGUUGAUCAAUAUCAAACAGUGUUUUUCAACGAAACAGGAGAUUACAUUACUGGUGAAAAUACUGCUAUUGAAGACACUGAAGCCAAUCAAUCAGAAUUUGUGUUGAUUGGUGGGAAGAUUUUGAACCAGAAACCAGUACAAUACGGUCCAUUUGUUGCGUCAAGUAAAACAGGAAUAACCAAAGCAUUAUUUGAUUAUGAACUUGCAAGAAAUGGGUUUGAACAUAGAGUGAAAUGGAAUUCAUUGAUAAGCCGUGGGGUCAAUAAAUCAAUGGUAGAUGGUCCAUUGAAUGGUAGUCUAGAAAAAAGAGCUGCUGAUAAGAAAUCAUAUUUGGAUUCAAAGAUUUAA